AUGAGGGCACAGAGCGAUCCCUGGUUCGCAGAUUUCCUAUUGCGCAUAGGAAAUGGCACGGAGGAGAGUGAUGCUCACAAUAAUGUACAACUCCCCGAGGAUAUUUGUGUACCAUAUACAGGGAAGGACACUGACCUUGACAUGCUGAUCGAACAUGUCUUCCAUGAUCUAGAUGAGAAUCUCGUCGAUCCUGCUUAUAUUACCUCAAGGGCGAUCCUCACGACCAGGAAUGAGAAUGUUGAUAGCAUAAACAUGAGGAUGAUCGAACGUUUCCUGGGUCAAGAGAUGAUAUAUAAAAGCUUUGACCGCGGGGAGGAUGAUCCACAUAACUACUAUCCCUCUGAAUUCCUGAACUCGCUUACUCCCAAUGGGUUGCCACCGCAUGUACUGAAGUUAAAGUUAAACUGUCCAAUUAUACUACUACGGAACAUUGACCCAUCAAAUGGUCUAUGCAAUGGUACGAGGCUGGUGGUACGGGGAUUCCAGAGAAAUGCAAUCGAUGCCGAGAUCGUACUAGGACAGCAUGCUGGAAAGAGGGUGUUCUUGCCUCGGAUUCCUCUAUGCCCCUCUGACGAUGAGAUGUUCCCGUUCCGCUUUAAGAGGAAGCAAUUCCCGGUGAGGCUCAGUUUCGCCAUGACAAUAAACAAGGCACAAGGGCAGACUAUUCCUAACGUUGGUGUGUACCUACCAGAUCCGGUAUUCUCUCACGAUCAGCUGUAUGUGGCGUUGUCUAGAGCCACAUCAAGAGGAAACAUCAAGAUCCUUGCUGUCACGGAUAAGGACAAGGGAGGCCAGUCAAAGUCUACCACAACUCGAGGAGUCAAGACGCGAAAUAUUGUCUAUAAGGAAGUCCUCACCAUGUAG